AUGGCCAAGCGGGCCCUUCCAAACCCGGCACCUCCUCCUCCUCCUCCCUCCCGCCGCUCGCCGUUCGUCUCGGCCAGCACUCGUACGACGCGCACAACUAGCAUGGGCCUGUUCAAUCGCCGCACCAACCAGGGCGACGAGGGCGAGGCGCGCCAGCCCUUCUCGUGGAAGCUCCCGCGCCAGGCCUCGUCGCUCGCGCCCGAGGACGUCUACACCAACGCCGACCUCGACCCUACCACCGACCCGGCGCAGCGCACGUGGGGCUACGGCACUUGGUUCUCGUUCUGGGUCGCCGCGUCUCUCGACCCGGCCUUCUGGCAGACGGGCGCGAGCCUGAUCCCGCUCGGCCUCAGCGUCGGCAACGCCAUCGGUAUCGUCGUCCUCGGCAACUGCGUCAUCGCCGUCCCCAUCGUACUCAACGGCAUGAUUGGCGCCAAGCUCCGCAUCCCGUUUCCCGUCGCCGCUCGCGCGUCGAUGGGCUACUACCUGUCGUACUUCGCCGUCGUCUCGCGUGCCUUCCUGUCGCUCAUCUGGUUCGGCGUCGAGACCUACAACGGUGGCCUCGCGAUGACCCAGUUCCUCCGAGCCAUCUGGCCCUCGUACUCGACCAUCCCCAACUCGCUCCCCGAGUCGGCCGGCAUCUCGACGCGCGACAUGACGUCGUACUUCUUGUUCUGGCUCGUCCAGCUCCCGUUCUUCUUCCUCAACCCGAACCAACUCCGUUGGGCGUUCCUCCUCAAGACGGUCGUCGUCCCCGUCACGAUGCUCGCGACCAUGGGCGCCCUCGUGCACUCGGCCGGCGGCGGCGGUCCCCUGUUCGACCAGCCCAACUCGGUCACGGGCAAGGGCUUCAGCCAGGCGUGGCUCAUCGGGUUCGCGGCGCUCCAGGGCAACUGGGCGACGUUGUCGGUCAACUCGUCCGACUUUACGCGGUACUCGAAGACGUCGCGCGCCCAGUGGUCGCAGGCGCUCGCCAUCCCGCUCUCGGCCCUGUUCGUCACCAUCUGCGGCAUCCUCGCGGCGUCGGCGUCGAUCCCUGUCUAUGGUCUCGCCAUCGAGGACGCCAUGUGGUCGCCGUUCGACAUCAUGGACCGCUGGAACUCGAGGGCCGCGACGGCUUUCGCCGCGCUCGCGUGGAUGCUCGCCGGUGUCGCCGCCAACAUCACCGCCAACUCGAUCUCGUCGGCCAACGACCUCGUCUCGAUGUGCCCGCGCUACAUCAACCUCACGCGUGGCCAGAUCAUCACGGCCGUCCUCGGUGGCUGGGCCGUCGCGCCGUGGAAGAUCCUCGCCUCGAGCGGCACCUUCCUCACGUUCGUCUCGGGCUACGCCAUCUUCCUCGGCCCGUUCGCCGGCCUCCUCACGAGCGACUACUUCCUCGUCAAGCGCACGGCGUACCACGUGCCCGAGCUGUACGACCCUCGCGGCAUCUACCGCUACUCGGCCGGCGUCAACUGGCGCGCGGCGGCGACCCUCGUCCUCACGAUCACGCCCAACCUGCCCGGCCUCAUCAACGCCAUCAACCCGGACGUCUAUAUCGGCAACAUCGCGUGGUGGUACGCGCCCGGCUUCAUCACUGGCUACUUGCCCGCCAUCCUCGUCUACUGGGGCCUGAACGUUGCGUUCCCGCACCACGCCACGCUCCUCGCCGAGGCCGUUUCUGCCGAGGACGUCGACCUGUCGGUCCCGCCGACAUUCGACGACUACGGCACGAAGAGCAGCGGCGAGCACAACAAGGACGUCUACGAGAUGGGCUCCGUCUCGGUGCACGCCUGAGCGACCGUCGCAGCCCCUCCCCUUCUCGCUUCUCCCCCCCACUCGUUAUUCCUCGCACCGCAUUGCCCUCUCUCUUUCGUAGACCCUCCCUCGCUCUCUCUCUCUCACUAUAGCUUGGCCUCGAGUCCCGGAGCGCUGGCGCGCCCGGACGCUUAUCAGCAGUAAUAUUUAGUUCACUGCGCGUGCG